AUGGGGCUAAUGGAGAAGCUAGAAGUCUGUGUGGAGAGAGCUACUACGGAAGCUAAAUUUCAGCCUUCCAAGAUUUGUCCUCAGCUUGUUGGUAUGCCACAAAGAGAGGUUGGCAACUGUAAGCAAAGGUGGUUCAAGAUCAGUGACCAAGUCUCCAAGUUUGUUGGCUCUUUACGUGCUGCAACAGGUCAGCAGUCAAGUGGGCAGAAUGACAAUGAUGUCAUGAAGCUUGCUUAUGAAAUCUAUCACAAUGAUUACGCUGCCAAGUUCACACUUGAGCAUUGUUGGAGGGUGCUAAGAUAUGAACAGAAAUGGCUAUCAAAUUUUGGGACAGAGAAUAGCACGUCAAAAAAAAGGAAGGGUGAAGAUGGUUCUCAAGCUUCUGUCCAGUCAUCAAACCAUGGAGAUCGAGAAGAGGCUCGUCCUAAAGGUGUGAAGAAGGCAAAGGCAAGGUUGAAGGCAAAAGAGAUGGAAGCAACCAGCACCAAGCCUAUGGAGAAGUUGCAAGACAUGUUUGAGAUAAGGAAGCAGGAUCAUGAACUGAGGAAGCAGGAUCUUGAACUGAAGAAGCAGGACUUUGAAAUGAAGGAGAAGCUUAAUAAGCAACAUAUGUUGGAGACUCUCCUUGCAAAAAAAGAGCCUCUUAGUGAGAGUGAAAUAUCUUUGAAGAACAAACUAAUAAGUGAUAUAUUGUCAUAA